AUGGAAGGACAAGAACAACAAUUGCAAUUUCAAUCUCAGAGAAUGGAUCGUCAAGAGGAAAUGCUAACAAAUUGGAUGAAUCAACAAAGGGAAUGGCAGAAACAGCUAAUGGAGCAGCAACAAGAGUACUACUCUCAGCUUACUCAAGCCAUCAGUCAAGUGUCUGAAAGGCAAGAAAGCCAAGAUAAACGCCUCCAGGAACUCAAUCAACGCCAGAUGACUCAAAUGAAAGCAUUCAACAAAUUCAGCGUACUCAAUGAAGGAAGGCAACUGCAUCGAGAAGAAUUCAUCAUCAACACUCAAGAAAGGUUAAACUAUAUGACUGAGCAUAUGCAUCACUUGCACCCUGACAUCCCAAGUUAUGAGGCAGUUCACAAGAACUUAACAGAACAAGAAGAGGGGAAGGUGAAACAGCAAGAAGAAGAUGGAGGAUGCCGGUUUCUGGAAAAAGCUGAUGGGGAAGCGCAAGGGGAAUGGAGACUCAAGUAA